AUGGGCAAAUUCUACGACGCCAUUCCCUCCUCGUUGAUCCCCUGGUUGGCUGCGCAGCCGAUCUUCUUCGUCGCAACAGCGCCACUGGCGGGCGGCAGUGUGAACACCAGUCCAAAGUCUCGUGAGCAAGAUGGCAUACCGCUGAUCCAGAUUGUCGAUGAGCAUCGUGUCUGCUACCUCGACCUGACUGGCAGCGGCAAUGAGACGAUCAGCCAUCUGAGGCAGGAUGGUAAUGGGCGAAUCACCAUCAUGUGGGUCAACCUCACGGAGGGCCCGCCGCGCAUCGUGCGCGUCUUUGGCAAAGGCACGGUGCACGAGCGUAUGGAUCCAUCAUCAGCUUUUCACGAACUGGCGCCACCCGAAGACCGCCUCCCGCAAGGCGUCCGAGCGCUGAUCGACAUUGAGCUGCACACCUGUUCGACAUCCUGCGGCUAUUCUAUCCCCGUCUUCUCUCCCAUAAGCCGUGCGCGGCGGACGCUCGCUGAAUGGACAGAGAAGCGUGUAUCCAUGCCAGCAGCAGAUGAGCACAGCGAUAUUGUCUCCAAUUCGCUCGGCUCAUAUUGGAUCACGACCAAUACCCUCAGCCUGGACGGGCUCCCGGGCUUGAAGACUUUUGAAGCUUGCACUGACCCAAACGAGAAGGAACGUCUCGCCCGCCAAAAGCGCGAACACGACGCUUUUCAAGCGCCGCACUUUGAGUCAAGCAAGUGCAGGCAGGCGAUCGCCACAGGCUGGACAUCUUCUGCAGCACAAACAUCGACAGCAACAAAGCCACGCGGCUGCAUCAUGACGGUUGCUCUGCAACGCAUCCUGCAAUGA